AUGUCGUCUUCGAAAAUCUACCUCGCCGUCAUCGGUGUUGGCGGCGUCGGCACUGCAUUUCUCUCACAAGUCGCUGGCCUUCCCUCUGCUCUGCGCCCAACCCUGAUCUUCCUGUCCCGGUCAUCCAAACAACUGUACACACCCAACUACGAUGCCGUCUCCGCGUCCAGUCUACCGUCCUCGUCCUCGAAGCUGCUAUCACUCUCCGAGCUGACCUCCUACCUGUCCUCCGCUCCCGGAAAGACAAUCCUCGUCGACAACACCUCGAACCAGGACGUCGCCAAUGCCUACCCUUCAUUCCUGCGCAAGGGGAUCAGCGUGGUGACACCCAACAAGAAAGCCUUCUCCAGCAAUCUACAAUUAUGGACAGAUAUAUUCGACGCGGUCGAGUCCUCGGACGGCCAGGCAAUGGUUUACCACGAGUCCAGCGUUGGCGCCGGAUUGCCUGUCAUCUCCUCACUGAAAGACCUCGUCGCGACUGGCGACCAAGUGACACGCAUCGAGGGCGUCUUCUCAGGCACGAUGUCAUUCCUGUUCAAUUCUUUUGCCCCGGCCAACGAAAGUGGGAAGGGCAAGUGGUCGGAAAUUGUAUCCCAGGCAAAAGACGCAGGGUACACCGAGCCUGAUCCCCGGGACGAUCUGAAUGGAAUGGAUGUCGCCAGGAAACUGACAAUUCUGGCGAGGCUGGCUGGAUUGAAGGUCGAAGGACCAGAGAGCUUCCCUGUCCAGAGUCUGAUCCCCGAAGAGCUCGAGAGCGCGAAGUCCAGCGACGAAUUCAUGCAGAAAUUGCCUGAGUUCGACGGUGAGAUGGAAGGAUACAAGGACAAGGCGGCGAAGGAGGGCAAAGUAGUUCGCUACGUAGGAUCCGUGGACGUCGAAGCUGGAAAAGUUAAGGUUGGUCUGGAAAUGGUGGAGAAAGGGACGCCAAUUGCCAGUCUGAGAGGAAGCGACAAUCUGAUUUGCUUUUACACUAAACGAUACGGCGCCAACCCACUGGUGAUACAAGGAGCUGGUGCUGGCGGCGAGGUCACUGCCAUGGGCGUCACGGCAGAUCUGAUCAAGGUCGUUGAGCGGUUGAGAUAG